GACCCUCCGCUACACGGCGGAUAGGGUCGAGGUUAGGCCUACCUAGACUACACGUGCAAUUCUUCAAAAAAGUUGUUAUUUCUUUCAAAGAACACCAAUUUGUAGUUGAUCUAUAUACUCUAUAGAUAAUGGGGAAGCCAAAGAAAAAGGGUAACACCUUCAACUACAAUAAAAAUCGACGAAAAGCUUGGAAAAAGUCUAAAGAACUGCCCAAAAUUAAAUGUGAACAAAUCAAGAAUGCUUGGGAUGACACAAAGUCUAUGCAACAUAAUCUUAAAAACAUGGGUAUCGCCACCAACCCCAACAAAGCUAUCCCUGUACCAAAAACAAAAGACCUCAUCCCAGGAUUUGAGAGAGAAGAUGGAGACAAACCUAUGGAGAUGAUGAUGGUACAACCAAGGAGCAAGUUACAUGUAGUUAAAGAACUUGAAGACAUUGCCAAUCAACCACAAGAGAAAAGACUGAAAUUACCAGAACAAGAGGUCAAAUAUUGUAUUUACAUGAUGGAAAAACAUAAGGACAACUAUAAAGCAAUGGCUCGUGAUGAAAGAAACUACUAUCAAGACACGCCGAAGCAAAUAAAGAGGAAAAUAAUGACAUUCAAAGGCAUCCCUAGCCAGUACCAGGCAUAUCUCAACUCAAAGGAGGAAGGAAAGAUGGAUACCACGUGACAGAUUGAAUGUGUUCGAUGAUUUAAGACUUUGGGUUACUAGUCCUUCAUGGGGCUGGACUGGCGCAGGCAAAUCCCGCCUGAUUUAAGACUUUGGGUUACUAGUCCUUCAUGGGGCUGGACUGGCGCAGGCAAAUCCCACCUUGUUUUGAGAGUGAGGUUAAUGACUUUACACUCCUACUUGUAUGAAGCUUCUUUGUCGGAAUCCAUCUUGG